ACAGGUAUACCAUACCACUGUAUCAGAUACGAUCUAACAUAGAAUUUUAUCGAAAGUGAAAUCUUAUACGGAAAAUAGUUCUUGCAUUUCCAUUUCGAUCAUCUAAAGAAUCAAUUCUCCUAAUGUUUCACGUAUAGAGAUAGAACUGUAUCAUCCGAUAUGGCCGAUGAUAAUAAGAGAAGUUAUAUUGUGGAUCGGCUCUCUUAUAACAUCAGUCUGCAUUCGACUCUUUCAGAGUACACAUUUGUCUCCGGUGAUAUAUUUCAAACUUUCUUUCUUCAAGAUGAGGUUAAAUUCCGUUAUCCCAAAUUUCAAGGCCGAGACCACUCAAGGUCCACUUGAAUUUUACGAAUGGCAAGGCAAUUCAUGGGUUGUUAUUUUCUCUCAUCCUGCCGAUUUUACACCAGUUUGUACUACUGAAUUGGGUCGUAUCGCUGUUCACCAGCCCCAUUUUGAACGACGUAACGUUAAACUUUUAGCUCAUUCCGUAGAUAAACUCAAAGAUCAUGUCGACUGGGUGAAUGAUAUCAAAUCUUACUGCCGUGAUAUUCCCGGAGCAUUCCCAUAUCCGAUCAUUGCCGAUGCAAAUAGAACUUUAGCAGUACAGCUCGAUAUGAUCGAUGAGGAUAGCAAAGAUGAUCCAGAAACUGCUCAAACUGUACGAGCACUUUACAUCAUAAGUCCUGAUCAUCGACUUCGUUUGUCGAUGCAUUAUCCGACUUCUACUGGACGUAACGUCGACGAGAUAUUACGUGUGAUCGACUCUCUACAGUUAGUCGAUAGAAAACCGGAAAUUGCAACGCCUGCCAAUUGGAUCCCUGGAGAAAAGGUCAUGAUUCUGCCGACUGUAAAGGAUGAAGAUUUACCUAAACUCUUCCCGAAAGGAGUUGACAAGGUUUCCAUGCCAUCAGGCAAAGUUUAUGUUCGUACAACUACAGAUUAUUAAAUAUUAAAAUGUUAAUAUAAUAAACGAUGAUGAUAUACAUGCUAUCCUUUCAUUCAUAUACUUAUAUUAAAUGAAUAUAAAGAAAGA